GUUUACAAGCACUUAAAUUCCAGCUCUGAGUCAGCUGUAUUGUAACAAAUAUAAAACCAAGUGUUAUGCUAACCUGUUGUUUCUCAAAGCAAUCCCCAUCCGAACGUCCUUAACGCUUUCGCAAGCAGUCAUACUUGCCAACCCUACCGAAAGGGAUGCCUGUAGCCUUUUUUUUGUUUUUGUUUGAUAGCCUUGUUACAUAUUAAACCACCUUUACGGUAUGCAUUUAUCCACUUCCCUCCUUAGCGAAUAAUCCCCCACGGGGAACACGCCUUGAGACACACAAGACAACAAAACAAGCCGGUUCAGCUGUAUUACAAUUCGCAGAAGUAAUAACACGGCAAUUUCAUUUUCCACGAACCGAUACCAUGGCUCCAACCAUCCAAAACCGACGUACAAUAUUGCUUCAGAUGAGGGGGGGUAUGUUGGUUGAGUACAGUGACUUUGGCAUUAUUUCUUUUUUCUCUCCCUGGCUGGCUUCCUACACACGGACCGAUAACAGCGCCAACGAGGUACAUUCUUUCUGCAGCCUUUUUGGUAAGACAAUAGCAAACUCCAACUCCUUGCGAUGCAUCGGACGAUUGCGGUACGUAUGUGUGUCUAGACAAUCAGGUGCCAAGCAGCACGGGACAGUACCUUGGUUUUGCACCUUGAUUACCAUGUUAUAAACGGUGGUUAGCAGUUCAUGCAGUAACUGACUGACGGGGAAAAGAAGUGGGAGAAAGAGUGCAAAAGAAAGUCAAACGAGCAAGCAAAACUGAAGAAAAUGAGAAAAUUUACAUAUGAAAGUUUGGAAUCUGUUUCACUGCCAUGAAAAGGAAUAUUGUCUGAACAUGAUGAGGAUGUGCAAAAAAAAAACAACUUCAAUUUUACAGUCUAAAGUAACGUUAAGUUACAUCUGUUUGAGGUAUCUUUUUGUUCGAAGAAAUCUCGUAUUCCAUGAUCCAUUUUACAAAUUGUCUCCAGACGUACGAGUGGCCAUCGAACUCGGAAACAGGCGUACAUUCAAUCUCACUUAUCUAAACUACAAGUCACCCGUAAGUGUGCUACAUAUCCUUACACCGUUGCUUACGCCCCCCCAAAAGAGUACAAAAGAAAACGAGCAUGUAGCAAAAACACAUUGAAAGCUGAACUACACUUAUAAGGCAUUUCGUUCUUUUCUGUCCCUGCAGUGUGUCGUAUGCUGUCCCGUAUCCAUUAGCAGAGCUUCUUAUGAUUGCUUCGUUGGUAAAUUGGUUUUCAUUGGUAGCUUUCGUUCAGUUUGCUGUGCCGAUUGCCGAUUGAAGAUGGUGGUAGGCUAAUUCUGUGGAGGCAACAAAAAGAAAACGAAAGUGUGUAGUGCGUUUUGCAAAAGAAAGGAGUACGAAUACUCAAACACGCCCGAAACGCGCCCUGAAAAAAAGUGUUCUACCUUAGAGUGUGAAUAAAAAAUACGAAAAGAAAAAAUUCUCUUCCAAGUGAAAGUUGGUUGAAAAGUUAAAAAAAGAAGAAAAAAGCAACAAAAAAAGGUAAAGCCCAAAAGAAAGCGAAAAUAAAGUUAAAAGAAGUCAAAAGUCAAGUGGAGUUGUUAAAAGUUAAAAUAUAUUCGUUCUUGCCUGUUACUGCUCCGACCGUUUGCUUGUCAUUCCGCCCUGACUCCCUAAUCGGCUAGGGUGCGUAUCGGUUCGGUGGGCCAGUGUUAUCUGUUUUUUUUUGUGUGCUGUGGUGUGCGAGUGGUGUGUCAGGGUUGUUCAAAGCGCCCAGCAACGGGGAAGGAGCGGCAUGUGAACCGAAGCCGUGAACCGUAAUAUGAUUUUUCCAGCAACCGUCAACCAGUGCGGCACGGCAACUUUAGCAACGGUUUAGCGAAACGAUGGUACAGCGCAACAAGUCAAGCAUGGAUUACGUUAGUUUAGGCUGUUGCACGUUGGCCUUCGUGCUGUACAUUAACACACUGAGUGCUGGAUUCGUCUACGAUGACAGACGAGCGAUCCUUGGCAACCCGGACGUGCUCGGCUCGGGCAGCUGGUCUCAGAUGCUGCAGAACGAUUUCUGGGGCACACCGCUGGUGGAUUCGGGCUCGCACGGUUCCUACCGUCCGCUGUGCGUGGCCAGCUUCAAGCUCAACUACCUGGUGGACGGUUUCAAACCGUUCGGUUACCACCUGGUCAACGUGCUGCUACACUCGCUGGCAACCGGGCUGGUGGUGAAGCUGGCCCGUCACCUGCUUCCGGUGGGCCGUACGGGGGUGGCCAUCACCGGGCUACUGUUUGCGGCCCAUCCCAUUCACACCGAGGCCGUGGCGGGUGUCGUUGGUCGGGCCGAUCUGACCGGGUGCAUCUUCUACCUGCUGGCACUGCUCGCCUACAUACGUCACGUCCGGUGGCGGCAGUGGGGUGACGGACGGCAAUGGUUGGCACUCGCCGUCACCGUACUGCUUGCCGGCGCUGCCAUCCUCUGCAAGGAAACGGCCGUGACAGCUUUAGUGGUUUGCGCGAUUUAUGACAUCAUAAAGGGAUACGCCGGAUCCAGAGAUAAGCAUCGUGUUCGGAGUCUUAGCAUUAUUGCCCUUUCGCUGGCAUUCUUCAUACACUGCCGGUUGACCCUACCACGGCCAGCCACGUUGUUUUCUAGCGCCGACAAUCCAACCGCCAGAAGUGGUUCCCUAUGGACCAGAUUCCUUACCUUCACCUACCUGCCGGUGGUCAACUUCAAGUUGCUACUGUUGCCGGAUGUGCUCAGCUUCGACUGGGGCAUGGAUGCGAUACCGCGCAUCGGAAGCGUGUACGAUCGUAAGGUGGCCCUUGCCUGCCUGUUCUAUCUAGUGCUCGGUUGGACGGUGUGGUGUAGUACCCGUGCCCUGGCCCGGCAAUCGCGCCAAACGUCCAACCCUUCGCCCAAGACUGCCAACGGUGCUUCCAGCUUCAAUCGGAAGCUAACCAGCAAACUUAACCUGCACCGAUUGCGAACGGAAGAAGGAACUCUGCCCGUGGUUCAGCUGGACGUCAGCAGCCCGAACGGUGCGGUGGGUUGUUCGCUGUGCAAGCAUGAUGCCGGUCUGCACCAUUCCAGCUCCUGCCGGACACUGCACAACAACAACGGCAUGUCGUCCAUCAUCUGCGGGUGUGCCUACGCGCCGGAAUACAAAUAUUUAUCACUAGCGCCUUCGACACUGGCCAACUACUUCUGCCGGACGGCUUCUGGUGCGAGCAAGAGCACGGUACGGCCCAACGGUAGCACCACUAGCAGCAGCAGCAGUAACAAUAAUAACAAUGACAGUGCCAGCAUCAACUACAACCAGAGCUUCCAGGGAACGGUCGGCAAGAAAUUCGCCUGUCACUGGCCGCUAGAUUCGGUCGGUGAGACGACGAACCUGAAUAAAGCGAAGUCAUCCGAAGGGGUGCACACUGCAUCGUUCCCGUUCGCCACACUUCUUACCACAUCUCCCGAGAUGGCGUCCUCCUCCCGCACGUCCUCGCUGUCCUCUUCCUCCUAUACCUCAUCCUCCUCCUCCUCUUCCUCAUCUUCGAGUUCCUGUGCAUCGUCCGUACGGGGUGACAGUGCGGAUGCUUCCACCGAUGAGGCGAACGGACGUGGUGAGUGCACGUUGCACAACUCGCCCGCUGCCGCAUUACUAAUGGCCGUUGCGUUACUCACGCUACCCUUCCUGCCGGCCAGCAAUCUGCUGUUCUACGUCGGAUUUGUUGUCGCGGAACGAAUCCUCUAUCUGCCGAGCGUUGGCUACUGUCUGCUGAUCGGGCUCGGUGUGAGUGGUCUGAUUGAUGGUACCGGUGUUGCCCGUGGCCAUGGUUCAUCCAGCGCGUCCAGCCCAACCAGUGCUACCGGUGGGAAGGUACCGAACUACGCCCGUUGCAACGGUCGUCGGACUGGCACGUGCUGGGUGAGUACGGUCGUGCGCAAGUGUGUGACCCUAGUGAGAUCCCCAACCGCGAGGGGUACGUGUGGUGAUGAUGGUAUGACGGGUGGGGUGUGUGUGGGUGAUGAUGCCACCGGCAUCAACCGUAUGUCGGUCAACAGUGAUAAUGGCCGGUAUGGCAAAUUUCGCACCAAUGGUAUCGUUCCGGCUGGUGCAAGUGUUGUCGUAAGUGGUAGCGGCCCUAGCAAACCCAACCGACCGAUCACCGUCGGUAGGGGUGGCCGUUCGAGUGGUCGCAGCACGAAAGCAUACGGCCUACGGCGGCGACAGUUCGUACUGGCGUGUGUCGGCCUACUGCUGAUCGCGUACAGUGCAAAAACGGUGCGUCGGAAUCGUGACUGGGUGGACGAGGAAAGCCUGUUCCGGAGUGCGAUCGCAGUCAAUCCCCCGAAAGCGCUUGGAAAUUUAGGAAGUGUCCUUAGUGCGCAGGGCCGCUAUCAGGAAGCCAAGGAAGCCCUGAAGGCAGCACUCAGCCAUCGCCCCAACAUGGCGGAUGUACAUUAUAAUCUAGGGAUCUUGCUACAAAACCAGCAAGAUUACAACGAGGCUGUGGAGAGCUUUCGAAAAGCGAUACGCUUUCGACCAUCGCUGGCACUGGCCUAUCUGAACCUUGGGACCUCACUGAUAGCACUAGGUCGCUGUCAGGAAGCGGCCAGCGUACUGCGGGAAGGCACCAAGCUGGACGGUUCUGGGCUGCGGGACCGGGCAGCACACGAGAACGCCCGCAUCAGUGCACUGCUGCAGCUCGGCAAUCUGUACGCCGAUCAGGGAAAACUGCAGCGUGCCCUGGCCGUCUACCGGGAGGCAUUGCACACACUGCCGGAACGAUAUCCACCCCAGGGUAUCUACCAUCGUUUGGGUGACAUCUUCGCCCGUCUUAACCAAUGGAGCGAAGCGGAACGGUUUCAACGGGCAGCACUCGAAGCUCAACCGGACCACAUUGCUGCCCAUUUAUCGUAUGGGACGAUGCUGGCACGAAACAGCAGCCGAACAUCCGAGGCGGAACAGUGGUUCCGGAGGGCACUCCGGUUAGCACCGAACGAUGCCAGCGUACACCAUCAUUACGCUGAAUUUCUAUCCUCCCAACGACGUACGGAGGAAGCGUUCCAGUAUCGGGUGAAAGCGGCCGAACUGGCACCGGAAGAUUACGCACUGGUCAUGGCGGCUGCAUCAAGUCUCCGAUUGCAUGAUCGCAAACUCGAAGCCGAACGAUGGUACCGUCAGGCUGUGAAAUUACGACCACAGGAAGCACGGGCCCAUACCAAUCUGGGAGCAAUUCUACACCUGCUCGGACGCACACAGGAAGCGGCCAACAGCUAUCGGGAAGCGCUUCGUUUGCAACCGGACGAUCUGACCACGCUUUCGAAUCUGGCCAAGCUGGGCGUACCGGCCAUAUCCUGAGACGGGACGGCGAUCCGGAUGGACCGUGUCCGGAAGCCCGGAAGUUGAUUGCAACCCACGGGAAUGCGGAUUGGUGUGUGCGGUGCCGACACCGAACGACCGACGACCGGAUGGAAAUGAAAUAUGCUCGCCGGGAAUUGAAUCGAAACCGUUGUACAGAGACUGCCGUGUAGUGUAUUGACAACACGCGAGGCAAAAAAGGGAAAUGUGGAAAAUUCAACUAGUAAAAAAAAACAACUUAAUGUACAUAAAACGUGGACAGGGAGCAUAGAUGGAUGUGGUAUUGUGUUGAAAGGAUUUGUUAAGAAAGGGGAAAUUCCUUGCAAAACGAGUAGGCUAGCUAGUGAACAAAAUCGGGUAAGGGAAAACCUUAAACCGGGCACGGUCCGGUCUAGUGAAGAGAGGAAAUUAGGAACAAUUGUGUUGGCCAACUUUGUUGAAGGUAUAAAUAUUUAUAUAUUUAGAGAAAAAAAGGAACGCAAACAAAGCAGUAGGAAAUGAAACGAUUGUGUUAUGCAUGAAGAUAGGAAACUCGGUUCGGUUAGACAACGAUUUUUAAUUAAAAAAAGGCACGGUGAAAGUUAUGGUGAAUGAUAUGGUUAUUAUGUGCAAGUUAGUUUUCCCUUCCGUAUCUGCAUCUUGUAUCGAACAUGGUCAAGCCUAGUAAUCAUAUACUGUACAUAUAAAAACAAAAGUUUAUAAACCAAAAAAGAAAACAACACAAAACUCAAACAAACAGGCAAAGACAAACCAAAAAUCAUAAAAAAGCAUCGAGCUGUAUAUAACGAUAAUCAGACAAAUGAAACCAUCACAAAAACAAACACACUAAGCCAAGCAAAACAAAAAAGGGAGAGAUGAAUAUUGAACCAAGUUAUGAAAAACAAAAACACAUGGAGAUGAAGAGAAGAACAAAAAAAGGGGUAACCAUACAAAUAUUUAACAUAAAAUCACAUUUAGUACCAGAAAGUGAACCAUGCAAACAUCCUUUCAUUAAGCCAUCGUAUCGUCCUGCAGGCAGCAAAAGCUAUAAUAAACAUACGUGCUAAACAAAUUGGAACGCAAACCAGCAUCGCGCAGUGGUAAAUGCAAUGUAAAACUGUAAUUACAGGGUUUUUUUUUAUUUGUUUAUUAUGAUCAUUAUUUGCACGUAAGUGUGCGGUAAGGUAUAUCAGUAGGCGAAAUAAACAUUUGCAAUACCGAUACCAUUGAUGCAGGCCAAAUGUGAAGCCCCUUUCUAUCGAUCAUUGUAUGCGUUCAAUCAUCACAAAACGCACACACACACGCCCGGUGACCACAAGAGAUGCUCAUUACAAUGCAUCAAUGCAAUGUAGCGAGAUCGAGGGAGUGGGAUGCUGUAUGUAUUUACUGAUAAUGAAAUCGAACUUUAAAUACACACAACCGGUACAAAGUACAAACAGACAUGGGCCGGUCGGCAUUGCCAGGGAAUGAACUUCCAUUUAAUGAGACCCCCGGGCAACCAGACAAGUCAGCGUGUGGCAAUUAAUUUGCCGAUGGUGGAAUGCAGCAAACCAAACCAACAAGAAAAAAAUACAUUAAAAUCAAUAAAAUUGAAAAGGAUAAGAUGGACGCUACAAUUUGCGUGGAAAGCAUUCAAACACAUCUCUCUCUCUCUUUUUCUUUAUCCCCAUGUCACUACAGGAAGCUCCCAGGAACAGAAAAUCACAGAUGAAUACAUUAUACAUGAGUAGACAGAAAACGGAAGUAAACCAAAUCACAGACACACACUCACACGCAUACAACUCUCAUCAAUGCAGGAUAAACAGUUAAGAAAAGAACAAUUUAUAGUCGCAAAAAAAAACUCGAAAGCAGAUGACCGAAUGUGUGCGCCCAAGCUACUGUAUGGCGGCGGCAUACGACCACCACCUGGAGACAUACAUUUAUGAAUAAAAAUGCAAAUUUAUUAAUGAAAACAUGCAA